AGACCCGACUCUCUCUCUUCGAUUUUUUCUCUAUAUUCUCUCUAGUUGCCGUCUGAGGGCUCUCAUUCCACAGGCUGAAAGAUGCGAAGGUACAGUCCACCAUACUACAGUCCUCCAAGGAGAGGUUAUGGAGGUCGACCAAGAAGCCCUCCAAGAAGAGGAUAUGGUGGUGAUCGUGGGAGACAUAAGGAGCAGAAUAAUGGCAGCCUUUUGGUUCGAAACAUCCCGAUAAGUUGCAGGCCAGAGGACCUUCGAACUCCAUUUGAAAGAUUUGGACUAGUUAGGGAUGUAUAUCUUCCAAAGGACUAUUACUCAGGGGAACCUCGUGGGUUUGCAUUUGUGCAGUUUGUGGAUCCUUAUGAAGCAGCUCAGGCUCAAUAUCAUAUGAAUGGGCAGAUGUUUUCUGGGAGGGAGAUAUCUGUGGUGGUUGCUGCAGAGACAAGGAAAAGGCCAGAGGAGAUGCGCCGUAGAACUCGACCCAGCCGAGGAGCCUCAGGCUCUGGAGGGCGACGAUAUGGACGUUCUCGUUCUCGUUCCCGUUCACGGUCCCCCCGCUAUCCUUCAGGUUCUCGAAGUCGUCAUCGAUCAAGGUCCUACUCUCCUGCACCAAGACGGGGAAGUGCAUACUCCAUUUCCCCUGAAAGAAGGCACUCAGAUCGCCCUAGAUCAACAAGAAAUCAUCCAGAAGAACGAGAAGUGGAUAAUGUUCGCAGGUCAUACUCUCCAGGUUAUGACAAUGCUGCUGAUCAAAUUGGCAAUGGGUAUGGCAAGUAG